CACAGCCGCACGCACACAGAGAAAUCUGCAGAGGUAUAUGUGUCAGGGAAACCUGUCUCCAUGACCACAGUAAACAGGCCUAUCAGCAAGGCUUACACACAGAUGAAACAUUAUCUGGACAGAGCGAAAGAGGCCACACAGUCUGACACACGAACACUCGCUGGUCAGGAGAGAUGGCAGAGCCGCAGCGAACAUCUGAACCCAUCAACUAUAUGCAUCAGGAUGAAAUCUGGAAAGCGCAUGUAAAGGCUGAGAAACACUCGGCUGAAGUUUGGCCUAACAAGUGGGGCUUCCUGUCUGAAGCCUACAAGGAGUAUGAGGUGGAAAGUGUGAAGCUGAAGAAGGCAGUCAAAGUGGAGCUUCCCCAGCACCUGACUACACGGCCUCUGACCCCUCCAGAAAAAUACAUACAUGUUAGCCCCUCACCUCCUGUUCCUCAGACAACUCAGGGCAUGAUUGGUUGGCGUUCAGGUCACUCACAUCUCCAGCUGGAAAAGUACAACACAGUGCGUCAUGGGAGGCGUAGUUUUUUGAAGGAUUUGGGCUGACCUUUUAUAGCUUGUAUUUGAGUACUUAAGUCCUCGGCCACUGUUGUCUCACCUAAUAAAUGACUAAUGACUGGAGCAUAUUUGGCAUAUUUCAUGGUCUCUUUGACACUAUUCCACAUUAAUAAAACAAAUAAAUCUUUUACAACUCUGACUUCAGAC